AUGGGAGAACAAGGACAAAGACGCCAAGUGAAACGCUGGUGGGUAGCUGGGAUUUUGUUGCUGUGUUUUGAAGAGCAGAUAUUUGCUCAGCUAAGGUACUCUGUUCCAGAACAAGUUAAAAUAGGAUCCUCUGUUGGAAAUGUUGCCAAGGAUUUGGGGCUUGACAUCAACACUUUGGCAAGCAGGAAAUUUCGCAUCGUUUCGGGUCCAAAUCACGCUCUGUUUACGUUAAAUCCGAACAAUGGAGUGUUGUAUAUCGGGCAAAUUAUGGAUCGGGAAGAGCUGUGUGAUGGAACAAAUCUUUGCUUGAUAAACCUGAAAAUUGUGGUUGAAAGCCCCCUGGAAAUACAUUAUAUUGGAGUGGAAAUUAUCGAUGUGAAUGAUCAUUCACCGACUUUCCCAGAGAACGAACAACGACUGGAAAUAGCAGAGAAUGCUCCUCCGGGGACUCGUUUCCAAAUCCAUGCCGCCAGAGAUCCUGAUGCUGGCGUGCACUCAGUUCGACGAUAUCAGUUAAGUCAAAAUGAUCAUUUUGAUAUUGAAAUCAGAGACACCGAGGAGGAUAAAACACCUUUUCUUGUGCUUAAAAAACCUUUAGACAGAGAGAAAAAUGGCGAACAUGGCCUAGUGUUAACGGCUCUUGAUGACGGGAGUCCAUCCAAAUCUGGCUCCCUGAACUUGACGAUCACUGUACUGGAUGCGAAUGACAAUAGACCUGUGUUCAGCAAAGAUGUAUAUACUGUGUCGUUAGAGGAAAAUUCCUCAGUCGGAACUCUUGUAAUCAAAUUGAAUGCUACAGACUUAGAUGAAGGUUCUAACAGUGAUAUUGAAUAUACAUUUGUAAAAACACAGAAGAAAAAAGUACAUGACAUAUUUGAAUUAGAUAAAGUCAGUGGUGAGAUUCGAGUCAAAGGGAAAGUAGACUAUGAAGAGACAGAAGUUUAUAGAAUAGAUCUGCAGGCUUCAGAUAAAGGACAGCCACCUUUGAUGGCUGAAAGUAGAGUUGUUAUAAAAGUCAAAGACGUGAACGAUAAUAAACCAGGUAUCGAAAUAACUUCCUUGUCAAACAUUAUCCCGGAGGAUUCAAAGCCUGGCACAGUAAUCUCAUUAAUAAGCGUCACAGACAGAGAUUCUGGCCUUAAUGGGAAAGUAAUUUGUAAGAUGUCGGAAGAUAUUCCCUUUGACUUGACACCAUCUGUCGAGGAAAACAUGUACUCUCUUGUCACAAAAGGACGUUUAGAUCGUGAAAUUGUGUCACAUUAUCAAAUCACAAUAACAGCCAUUGAUCAUGGUGUACCUCAACUCUCAGCUAUGAAAACACUGAGCAUUCAAGUGUCAGAUAUAAAUGAUAAUCUACCAAUUUUCAAGAACAAAACAGUGGAACUUUACUUGACAGAAAACAACACACCAGGUGCAUCAAUCUUUGCUGUAAGUGCUACAGAUAGGGAUCUGGAUGAAAAUGCAGUUAUAGCAUACCACAUAGAAUCCGAAAAUUACAAACUUGAUGUCGAGGCAUCUGAUAAAGGAAUGCCUCCAUUGAUCGGAAGGUGUAGAGUGAUAUUGAAGGUGAAGGACGUGAACGACAACUCUCCAAAAAUAGACGUAACAUCCCUGUCAAACAGCAUACCCGAAGAUUCAAAACCAGGAACAGUUGUUUCACUUAUUAGUGUAACAGAUAAAGACUCUGGUAUGAAUGGAAAAACUGUUUUACGCAUAACAAAUGACGCGCCUUUUGAAUUAAAGUCCUCUUAUAAAGACAAUGUAUAUUCACUUGUCACAAAGGCGUAUUUGGACAGAGAGAUCGAGUCAUAUUAUGAAAUAACAAUACUAGCAACUGAUUGCGGUGACCCACCGUUAUCAACUAUGAAAACGCUCAGUAUUCAGAUUUCCGAUGUAAAUGAUAACAGCCCUAGUUUCGACCAGAAUCCAUUAAAUUUUUAUUUGUCAGAAAAUAACGUGGCAGGUUCUAAUAUAUUCUCUGUGAAGGCCACGGACAUCGACAAGAAUGAAAAUGCAGAUAUCUCUUUCCAUAUCGAUAGACGAGGGAGAGAAAAUGAUCCUUCGAGGCGAGGGCAAUCGGCAAUUUUUUGCGUUUUAUUUUUAUUCCUAUUCAUCAGAGCAGCAUCGGGACAACUGAGAUACACCAUUUCCGAGGAGCUCAAGGAAGGGAGCUUUGUUGGGAAUAUAGCCAAGGAUUUGGGAAUAGAUUUGAAAGUGAUGAAACAAAGAGGUUUUCGGAUAAUGUCCGGAUCUACUGAACCUCUUUUUAAGGUAAACGAGAACGACGGGGCCCUGUAUUCUCUCCAUCAGAUUGACCGAGAACAAGUGUGUAAGGAUAACAACGUGUGUUUGAUUAACCUCAAAACAGUUUUGGACAACCCACUAGAAAUACACUACGUGACAGUGGAGAUAAUGGAUUUAAACGACCAUUCUCCCACAUUUCCUAAUAAAACCAGGAGGCUAGAGAUCUCAGAGGCUGCAUUACCGGGGGCACAGUAUCAGUUACAAAACGCUCACGAUCCCGAUGCGGGAGCAAACUCUAUACAACAGUACAGAAUUAGUCAAAAUGAUCACUUUCGUUUAGAGAUUAAAGAUCGUGGAAGAGAAGGAAAAACUCCUAUUUUGCAGUUGCAGAGACAGCUAGACAGAGAGGCCAAAAGCAGACAUAAACUGGUCCUGACGGCAAUAGAUGGUGGAACACCCCCGAAAACGGGCACAGUUGAAAUAUUCGUUGAUGUUCUAGAUGUUAAUGACAAUAUGCCUGUGUUCAUCAAAGAUGGAUAUUCAGCUGUGCUAGAGGAAAACGCACCACUUGGCACAACAGUCAUUCAAGUUAAUGCAACAGAUCUGGAUGAAGGUUAUAAUGGUGAAAUAGUCUAUACGUUUGGCAGUGAUGUAAAAGACAAAAUUAGACGGCUCUUUGAAAUCAACCCUGUCACUGGGGAGAUAAUCAUGAUAGGACCUGUUGACUUUGAAGAACAGGACAGCUAUGAUAUAGACAUCCAAGCCUCUGAUAAGGGAACUAGUCCCUUAAGAACAUAUAAAAGUGUUAUUAUUAAGAUAAAGGAUAAAAACGACAAUCCUCCUGAAAUUGAGGUAGCAUCCUUGUCAAGUGCAAUUUCAGAAGACGCCAGACCAGGAACAACCGUUGCACUGAUAAGCAUAACCGACUUGGAUUCUGGCAUUAAUGGCAAGAUAAUGAGCUAUGUCACUGGAAACAGUCCUUUUACUUUAACGCCAUCAAUUCAGGACAACAUGUUUGCUGUGGUCACCAAGUCACAGUUGGAUAGAGAAGAAAAAUCCAAGUAUGAUAUUACAAUAAUAGCCAAGGAUGCAGGUGAACCAGCUUUAACUUCUGAAAAGACAGUAAGCGUUCAAGUGUCAGACACGAAUGAUAACAGCCCUGUGUUUUCAGUAAGCCCCUACACGUUCUAUAUAACUGAAAACAAUGCAGCAGGAGCCUCGAUGUUUUCUGUAGGAGCAUCUGAUCGUGAUGAGGGAGAUAAUGCACUCAUUUCAUAUCACAUUCUCAGAACUGCAGACCAUGAAAAUAAAGUAACAUCAUUUCUGAAUAUUAACUCUGAAACCGGAGAUAUUGUGGCUCUGAAAAUAAAGCCUGCUGUGUGUAUGAGCUGGUGGAUAAGGAUGGAUAAUGCUACAAAAGCUCGUCGGUGGAGCUGCUUCUGGUUAGCUUUUCAUUUGGCCUCACAGCUGCUUCUCGCGAAAGAGGCUUGGGCUCAGGUCCGGUACUCUGUUCCUGAAGAGGUAAAAGACGGAACUGUUGUUGGCAUGAUUGCCAAAGAUCUUGGCCUGGACAUCACCUCUUUGACUGACCGUCGUAUCCGCGUUGUGUCUGGGACUAAGGACGCCUUCUUUGAGGUAAACCAGAAAAGUGGGUCUCUGUAUGUUCACAAGAAAAUCGACCGAGAGGAGCUCUGUCAUGGAAGUGGUGCAUGUCUGAUGGAGCUUAAAAUUCUUGUCGAAAGCCCGUUGGAGAUGCAUUACGUGGUGGUGGAAAUCACUGAUGUUAAUGAUCACUCCCCGAGUUUUCCUGAAACACAGCAGUCAUUUGAAAUAGCUGAACAGACGUUGCCAGGGAGGCGAAUCCAGCUUCACGCUGCUCGAGACCCCGAUGCUGGAACUAACUCUAUACGCACCUAUAUGUUAACGUCAAACGAACACUUUGAAUUAGAUAUUCGACAAAGCGACGAGGAAAAAAUACCGUUUUUAGUGCUGAAAAGGUCACUGGAUAGAGAACAAAAGUACAAGCAUUAUCUAGUGGUGACAGCUGUAGAUGGGGGUAAACCUCCAAAAUCAGGGACACUAAAUGUUUCUAUUAGUGUUCUUGACAGUAAUGACAACCGGCCAAUGUUUAGUCAGGAGACGUACGAAAUUUUAAUCCAAGAAAACGUUCCGGUUGGUACUGUAAUAUUUAAAAUGAAUGCGAGUGAUCCGGAUGACGGCAUAAAUGCAGAGAUUGAAUACAGCCUUGGAAAAACUUUAAAACGGAAAGUCUAUGACAUUUUUGAAUUGGACAAAAAAACAGGAGAAAUUAAAGUAAAAGGAGUAGUGGAUUAUGAAGAUAAUGACGUUUAUAAACUUGAUGUUGAAGCGUCCGAUAAAGGAACCCCACCUUUGAUGGGCGAGUGUCGAAUCAUCAUAAAAAUUAAAGAUGUUAAUGAUAAUCCACCAGAAAUUGAUCUAACGUCACUGUCAAGUACUGUAUCCGAAGACUCCAAACUUGGCACCGUUAUUUCACUUCUUAGUGUGACAGACAAGGAUUCUGGAGUUAAUGGAAAAAUAAUUGCAUCCUUAUUGACUGAUGGGCCCUUUGAGUUAAAUCCAUCUUAUAAAGAAAACAUAUAUUCAGUUGUCACGAAAGGUAUUUUAGAUCGAGAAAAUAAGUCUAAUUUUGAAAUGACAAUAAAGGCAAUUGACUGUGGUGAGCCUCCCUUAUAUACAUCUAAAACCUUCAGCAUUCAGAUAUCUGACGUAAAUGAUAACAGUCCACAAUUCUCCCAAAACCCAUUAUACUUUUACCUUGCUGAAAACAACGUAGCUGGAAUCUCAAUAUUGUCUGUAAGCGCAACGGAUGAAGAUGUGAACGAAAACGCUGCUAUUACAUAUCACAUCGCGAGGGAAACAAGGGCAAACGAGAUAACAAAGAUCGAUAGAGAAGAGCUGUGCGCUCAGAGCAGUACGUGUGUUUUAAAUGUGAAAACUGUCUUAGAAAAUCCACUUGAAGUUCAUUACGUUGAGGUAGAAGUAUUAGAUGUUAAUGACCAUUCUCCUGCAUUCACAGAAAAAGACCAAACGUUAGAGAUUUCAGAGUCCGUUUUGCCUGGAGUACGAUUUCAGUUGCAACCAGCUCGGGAUCAGGAUGGAGGUCGUUUCUCCGUGCAGCAAUAUAAACUGAGUUCCAACGACUACUUUCGACUGGAAGUAAAAGAUAAACGUGAUGAUAUCAAAAUACCAGUGUUGGUUGUUCAGAAAUCUUUAGACAGAGAAACUGCGGGAAGUCAUGCAUUGACACUGACGGCCCUGGAUGGAGGUAAACCUCCAAAAUCUGGUCAUAUGAAUAUUCUUAUUAAAAUUUUAGAUGUUAACGAUAACGUACCAGUUUUUUCUAAGGAUGUUUAUUCUGUAACGCUCAAUGAAAACGCCCCUGUAGGAACAACAGUAAUACAGGUCAAUGCCACAGACUUAGAUGACGGUCCGAACGGCGAUGUGAUUUAUUCCUUUAGCAACAGUGUGAAUCCAAAUAUAUUAAACCUGUUUGAUAUAAGACCAUUGACUGGUGAAAUAACUGUUAAAGGUUUUAUAGAUUAUGAGGAAGAAGAUGAAUAUGACAUAGAAAUCAAGGCUUCUGAUAAGGGUCUAGCUCCUCUUACAACAGAAAAAAGUGUCAUUAUUAAGAUAAUUGAUGUGAAUGAUAACGCACCACAGAUUGAAGUUACAUCAUUUUCCAGCUCCAUUCCUGAAGAUUCCAGACCUGGCACUACAGUUGCUCUUAUCAGUGUCCACGACAUGGAUUCUGGUCUUAACGGUAAAAUAAUUUGUUCUGUCAACGAAGACGUUCCAUUCACUUUAGCACCUUCAUUAAAAGACAAGAUGUUUUCACUGGUGACCAAAUCACCUCUGGACAGAGAGAAACAGUCUCAUUAUGAACUGACAAUAACUGCAAAAGAUGCCGGUCAGCCUCCAUUAUCAUCUGAAAAGACAAUAAGUGUCGUAGUGUCAGAUGUGAAUGACAACAGUCCAGAAUUUUCACUCAGUCCGUAUACUUUCUAUGUCACUGAGGGUAACUCUCCGGGAGCUUCAGUCUUCUCAGUCAAAGCUUUUGAUCGUGAUGAGAAAAAAAACGCACUCAUAGCCUAUCAUAUUGUCAGAGAUGGAAGCAAUGAUAAUAAAGUAGCUUCAUUUCUAAAUGUAAACUCUGAAACUGGGGAUAUUGUGGCUCUGAAAAGUUUCGACUUUGAGACUCUGAAAACGAGGAGAACUUCUGAAGAGAAACGGGUGUCCGGAAGACAGCGAAAAUAUCUGCUUGGAUGCGUGGUCAUUGUGCUUUCUUUGAGUGUCGCCUCGGCGCAAUUGAGGUAUUCAAUACCCGAGGAAGUUAACGAAGGAACUGUGGUUGGAAAUAUAGCAAAGGACCUGGGAAUAGAUAAAACUACAUUAGGAGACAGAAAAUAUCGGAUCGUUUCAAGUGAUGCUGAGCCCCUCUUCCGCGUGAAUCACAACGACGGUAUCUUGUAUGUAACCCGAAAGAUUGACAGAGAAGAAGUGUGCGCGCAAAGCAGUGCGUGUGUGAUAAAUGUUAAAACUGUCCUGGAAAGCCCACUGGAGGUGCAUUACCUUAGGGUAGAGAUUUUGGAUAUAAAUGACCAUUCCCCUAGCUUCCCGGAGAAUGAGACCGUGUUGGAGAUAUCAGAGUCCGUUUUACCAGGAGCACGAUUUCAGUUAAAAGCCGCCCAGGAUAAAGACAGUGGUAAUUUCUCCGUGCAGCAAUAUAAACUGAGUCCCAACGAUCACUUUCGUUUGGAAGUUAAAGAUAAAGGACAUGAUGGAAAAAUUCCGAUAUUAGUUGUUCAAAAAUCCUUAGACAGAGAAAGGACAGGAAUUCACUCGCUCAGACUGACGGCCCUGGAUGGAGACAAACCUCCAAAAUCUGGCCAUAUGGAUAUUCUUAUUAGAGUUUUGGAUAUCAACGAUAAUGCACCGGUUUUCUCGAAAGAUGAUUAUUCUGUGAUACUCAAGGAAAAUGCUCCAAUUGGUACUGCAGUUGUAUUGGUGAAUGCAACAGAUUUAGAUGACGGACCAAAUGGAGAAAUUGUUUAUUCGAUUAGCAAAAGCACGAAUCAAAAUAUUCUGAAGUUGUUUGCCAUCAAUUCAGUAACAGGUGAAAUAACUGUUGAAAAUGUAAUAGAUUAUGAAAACAGGGAAAACUAUGAAAUAGAAAUUGAGGCCUCUGAUAAAGGUCUGGCGCCUCUUACAACAGAAAAAAGUGUCAUUAUUAAGAUAGUUGAUGUGAAUGAUAAUGCACCACAGAUUGAAGUUACAUCAUUUUCCAGCUCCAUUCCUGAGGAUUCUAGAGUUGGUUCUACAGUUGCUCUUAUCAGUGUCCAUGACAUGGAUUCUGGUCUUAAUGGAAAAGUAGUUUGUUUUAUUGAUGGAGAUGUUCCAUUUACAUUAGCACCUUCUUUACAAGACAAGAUGUUUUCACUGGUGACCAAAUCACCUCUGGACAGAGAGAAACAGUCUUAUUAUGACCUGACAAUAACUGCAAAAGAUGCUGGUCAGCCUCAAUUAUCAUCUGAAAAGACAAUAAGUGUAGUGGUGUCCGAUGUGAAUGACAACAGUCCAGAGUUUUCACUCAGCCCGUAUACUUUCUAUGUCACUGAGGGUAACAAUCCAGGAGCUUCAGUCUUCUCAGUUAAAGCUUUUGAUCCGCAAUUCAGAUACUCGAUCUCUGAGGAAGUAAACGGAGGAACUGUGGUUGGGAAUUUAGCAAAGGACCUCGGGCUAGAGAAAAGCACGCUGAAAACCAGAAAGUUCCGGGUGGUUUCAGGAGGCGCGGCCCCCCUCUUUCAUGUUAACGAGAACGAUGGCAUCCUCUUUGUGAGCCGAAAAAUUGACCGAGAAGAGGUAUGUGCGCAGAGCAGUAUCUGUCUGGUUAACCUUAAAGCUGUACUGGAAAACCCAGAGCACCAGCCGUGGAUCAAGCGAUGGAGAUGCGUCUCCUUCGUUCUGGCUUUGGGCAUGUGCUGGAGUCAGGUCGUGGCUCAGAUCAGAUAUACCAUCUCUGAAGAGGUGAAAGAGGGGAGUGUUGUUGGAAACAUUGCAAAGGAUUUGGGAAUUGAUAAAACUGCGUUAAAGAACAGAGAUUAUCGCAUUGUUGGCAGCUCGUUGGAACCCCUUUUUCACGUGAAUCGUGACGACGGUAUCCUUUAUGUCAGUAGGAGAGUGGACAGAGAGGAAAUUUGUGAACGAAGUAACGCUUGUAAAAUAAACCUUAAAACCGUGCUUGAAAAUCCUCUAGAAAUCCAUUAUAUAGUCAUAGAGGUGCUGGACGUAAACGACAAUUCACCCAGCUUCCCAGAGCAAGAGAAACGACUCGACAUAUUUGAAUCGACUUUACCAGGAGCAAAAUUUCAGCUCCAGCCUGCACGUGACCCAGAUGGCAGUCAGUUUUCGGUGCAGCAGUAUAAACUAAGUCCUAAUGACUACUUUCGUUUGGAAGUUAAGGAGAGGGGAGAAGACCGCAAGAUGCCGUUUCUGGUAUUACAAAAACAGUUAGAUAGAGAAGCCAUGAAAGAACACAGACUUCUGCUUACAGCUGUAGAUGGUGGGCGGCCGGCAAAGACAGGGACCGCAACGAUACUGAUUGAGGCACUGGACGUUAAUGACAAUCCACCAGUUUUUACGAAGGACACUUAUUCAGUCAUGUUAACGGAAAACGCAGCCCAUGGUACGCUUGUUGUUCAGAUCAAUGCCACGGAUUCGGAUGAGGGCUCAAACGGUGAAAUUGUUUAUUCAUUUGGAAAAGAAAUGGAUGUCAGUUUGUCUAAGCUGUUCAGUAUAGACUCGGUGACAGGGGAAAUUAAAGUGACCGGUGAAAUUGACUUUGAAGAAAAUUCAAUAUUUGAAAUUGACGUUCAGGCAUCGGAUAAAGGUAAUAUUCCUCUAUCUACAGACAAAACAGUCACUAUAAAAGUAGUAGACGUUAACGACAACAACCCCGAAAUUGAAGUGACAUCUUUUUCAAAAUCAGUUCCAGAAGACUGUCCAACCGGGACAACUGUAGCUUUAAUCAGUGUAAAUGACUUAGAUUCUGGCUCGAAUGGAAAAGUUUCGUCUUUCAUCCGCGAAAAUGUUCCUUUCGCCUUAUUGCCAACUUUACAGGAUAAUAUGUAUGCCGUAGUGACCAACUCACUUCUGGACAGAGAAGAGACAUCUAUGUAUGAACUAACUGUUGUUGUAAAGGACGAAGGUGUGCCAUCCCUCUCGUCUGAAAAAUUAAUUACAGUGGUUGUAUCGGAUGUGAACGACAACAAACCUCAGUUUUCAGUGAGUCCCUAUACAUUUUACAUUACUGAAAAUAAUGACCUUGCAUUGCCUUUAUUCUCAGUUAGAGCGUCUGAUCCUGAUGAAAGUGAAAAUGCGCAUAUUCUAUACCACAUUCCACGAGAUGGUGGUAGUAAUGGAAUGUUUUUUAAUAUUAACUCUGAAACCGGAGAUAUUAUGUCUCUGAAAAGUUUCGAUUUUGAGACUCUGAAAACGUUCCAGUUCCACUGUUUUCUCGUUCUUAUUGUUUCUUUGGGUCAUACUUUGAACCUUUCUUCGGCACAGCUGAGAUACUCCAUUCCAGAGGAGCUAACCUUAGGUUCUGUGGUUGGAAAUAUCGCUAAGGAUUUAGGGCUGGAGCCCAGUGCUUUGAAUGCUAGAGGCUUCCGCAUCGUUUCUGGAUCCGCUGAACCCCCGUUCCGCCUCAACAAUAAUGGCAUCUUACACGUCAACCGAAAAAUAGACCGAGAGGAAGUGUGUGAACGGACCACUCCGUGCAUUAUCAACGUGAAGACUGUACUGGAGAAUCCCUUAGAGGUACACUAUGUCACGAUUGAUAUUUUAGAUAUAAAUGAUCACUCUCCCACCUUCUCCGAAAACGAGACGCUUUUAGAGAUUUCGGAAUCUGCUUUACCCGGGGCACGGUUUCAGUUACAAGCCGCCCGGGAUCCAGACAGUGGCAUGUUCUCUGUUCAACAGUACAAACUCAGUCAAAAUGAGCAUUUUCGUUUGGAGGUAAAAGAUCGAGGAGAAGAUGGUAAAAUUCCUGUUUUGUAUUUGCAUAGACCGCUGGACAAAGAAGCUGCAAGAACUCACAAAUUGCGGCUCACAGCUGUUGAUGGAGGAAAGCCUCCGAAAGCAGGAACAAUGGAAAUUACUGUUAAUGUUUUGGAUGUUAAUGACAAUAUGCCAGUGUUUUUCAAAGAAGCAUAUGCUGCAGUGAUUAAUGAGAAUUCUCCAAUUGGCACAACGAUAAUACAAGUAAACGCAACAGAUUUAGAUGAUGGUUUAAAUGGGGAGGUUGUUUACUCUUUUGGGAAUAAUGUAAAUGAGAAAUUACGUAAAGUUUUUGAAGUUGAUGCCAAUACAGGAGAAAUCAUCGUUAAAGGCCUUUUAGAUUAUGAACUCAAGGACAGAUAUGAAAUUGAUAUCAAAGCCUCAGAUAAGGGACCAGUCCCCUUGGCAACAGAAAAGAGUGUUUUAAUCAAUAUUGUUGACCUGAAUGACAACAUACCUGAGAUAGAGGUGACAUCUUUUUCAAGUGCGAUUCCUGAGGACUCCAAACCCGGAAGAACAGUAGCACUGAUAAGUGUUAGUGACAAGGACUCAGGUGUAAAUGGGAAAGUUAUUUGUUCUAUAAUUGAUGAUGUGCCGUUUACAUUAAGACCUUCCCUACAAGAGAAUAUGUACUCUGUAGUAACAAAAUCUCUUCUUGAUCGAGAGCAGAAGUCCAAGUAUGAUGUAACGGUGGUAGCAAAGGAUGCUGGGGAACCAGCUUUGUCUUUUCAGAGAACAAUUAGUGUUACAGUAUCAGAUGUGAAUGACAACAGCCCAGAGUUUUCAGUAAAUCCACUGACUUUUUAUCUUACUGAGAACAAUGCUGCUGGAGCCUCUUUAUUUUCUGUUAGUGCCACUGACUGCGAUGAGGACCCAGUUUUUCAGUUUAAGGCUUAA